AUGAGCAAUGAGCAGCAGCACCCCUGCGACGGCGGCGGCAGCAAGCCGUGGACCGAAACGCCCUCGGCGGCACGUGGUUCUGUUCAAAUCGCCAAGCGUGCAGCAGCGCCGAACCACGCCAGUCGGCCUCGCACGCUGCUGCAAGACAAGAAGGCCACCAUAGAGGGAACGGGCCUGCUGCUGGCAGCUGACUACCCAGGAGGCCGAGCCGACAAGUCCCUCAUUCUCCGCAGGCACGAUGGCCGCAAAGUGAAAGUCAUCCCCUCGGACCCUUCGGUCCUCCGCAAAUUACGCUCAGGCCAGCAGGUGUCGGCGACCGGCGAGUACGACACGUCGCCGGGCAACGGCAACGCGUUUGGCAGGUUCAAAGCCGACGUCGUCAUCGGCGGCUCCCACCCCCCGGUGCCCGAACCCAUCGUGGCGCCUUGGGUGGAGCCGGAGGUGUGGCCCACACUGGAUGCUGCCGAGCUGAUGCCAGGCAUGAACGGGCGGCGCCUGCUGCAAACCGUCAACCUCACCCCUGGCGUGCCCUUCAAUACAUUCAACCCGGUCGCCCUUCAAAACAUCAAGGUUCUCUUCAUCCCAAUCGUGGCAAAGGUCAACGGCUCCAGCUCGGCCCUCUGCCCCAACACCGGCAACUACCCCUACACUGGGGCUGGGCUCAGGGAAUAUAUGUUCCAGGAGGUGAACCCGGAGGGGCCCACCGUCGGGAUGAUGUACAGCCAGUGCUCCCUCAACGAGACGCUGCUGACAAACGCGACCAGCACAGUGACGGCAGUCGUCACCCUGCCCUGCAACGGCACCACGUGGGGCAUCAACUGGAAUUUCAACGACUGCGACUUUGAUGAUUUCAACGGCUUCGCGGAUGCCGCCGACCAAGUGCUGAUUGACCGCGGCUAUAACCUGGCCGCCUACCCCUACAAAGUCUACUUCCUGCCCCCCAACGCCUGCUCCUGGGUGGGCCAGGGCUACAUCGGCUGCGACGGCUCCUACGACUGCCGAUCCUGGAUCGCCGGAGCCUACUGGGACAACCCGCAGGCCACGGCACAUGAGCUGGGCCACAACCUGUUUAUGCAGCACUCGAGCUCUCUGGACGCUAAUGGCAACAUUGACGAGUACGGAGACGUCACCUGCGACAUGGGCACGUGCUGCGAGGACCGCUGCAUGAACGCGCCCCAUGCGUGGCAGAUGGGCUGGACGACCACGCGGACAUUCAACGGCUCCAACCUGCCGGCCGCCACCACCUACGAAAGCUUCCUGGGCAUUGGGUCUGUGUCCCCCGGCAUGUCUGCCAUCCGCAUCGUGCCCACCUGGGCCCCCGGCGUAGACCCCAUUUUUGUGGGCUUCCGCUGGUCUGUGCGCGGGGACGAGUUCCUGCCGCUGUCGCUGUCCAACCGCGUCCACAUCUACUCCUCAUCCAUCAGCGGCAGCCGCGAUGCCAAGCCCAGUUACUUGAGAGCCAGCCUCAGACAAAAUGAGGUCUGGACGCUGCCAGCAGCCAACCUGGUGGUGCGGAGAAAAGCAAACGACCCCAAUAACCGUGCGGUGGUGGCAAUCUGCCGUCGGGGCGGCCUGUACGAGAGCGCCGCCAGCUGCGCGGCCGGCAUCGACAACAACUGUGACGGCCUGGCCGGCGCUGCAGACCCGUAUUGCUUGCCAUACCUGUCGCCACCCUAG